UAAACCUUUUUUCUGGAUUCCUAGCCUGAAGCAUGGAGGAGUGGAGGCAGUGUGGACGGUGGCUGAUUGAGUGCAAAGUUCUCCCACCAGACCACAGAGUGGUGUGGCCCUCAGCUGUGGUUUUUGACCUGGCCCAAGCCCUGAGAGAUGGGGUCUUACUGUGCCAGCUUCUGCACAACUUGUCCCCUGGAUCUAUAGACCUCAAGGAUAUCAAUUUCCGACCCCAGAUGUCACAGUUUUUGUGCCUGAAAAACAUCAGAACAUUUUUAAAAGUUUGUCACGACAAGUAUGGAUUACGGAAUUGUGACCUCUUUGACCCAUUCGACCUUUUCGAUGUGCGAGAUUUUGGAAAGGUUAUCUCUGCGCUAUCCAAAUUGUCCUACCAUGUUAUUUCUCAAACGAAAGGAAUACGGCCCUUCCCCUCGGAGGAUACGGCAGAGAAUGAUGAUGAUGUGUACAGGAGUCUGGAGGAGCUCGCUGACGAGCAUGACUUGGGGGAGAACGAUACGUAUGAUGUCCCUUGUGAAGAAGAUGACAUUUACGAAGACAUCAUCAAAGUGGAAAAUCAACAGCCCAUGAAAAUGGGCAUGACCGAAGAUGACAAAAGGAAUUGCUGCUUAUUGGAAAUCCGAGAAACCGAAGACCGGUACUACAGAACCUUAGAUGAUAUCAGAGCUAAUUACAUGAUUCCUCUGAAACCUUUACUGAACGCUCAGGAGAUGGCCACCAUCUUUAUUAAUUUAGAGGAGCUCAUUAAAGUUCAUUUUAACUUCCUACGAACCAUCGAGCUGUCAAUCAUGUCCGGAGGCAGCACCAUCGGACAAGUCUUCUUGGACUACAAAGAAAAGCUGCUAAUCUAUGGUGAGUACUGCAGCCAUAUUGAAUAUUCCCAGAAAACAUUGGACCAGUUGAUGGCGACUCGGGAGGACAUUAGGCUAAAGGUCGAGGAAUGUUCGAUGAAGGUUCAAGAUGGGAAGUUUAAAUUGCAGGAUUUAAUGGUGAUCCCAAUGCAAAGGGUGCUAAAAUAUCACCUUCUACUGAAAGAACUCCUGAGCCAUUCAAUAGACUGCCCCGAGAGACAGACGCUAAAAGAAGCUCUGGAAGCCAUGCAGGACUUGGCUAUGUAUAUUAACGAGGUUAAAAGGGACAAAGAGACAUUGAAGAAGAUCAGUGAAUUUCAGAAUUCUAUAGAAAACCUGCAAGUAAAACUGGAAGAGUUUGGGCGACCGAAGAUAGACGGGGAAUUGAAGGUCCGUUCCAUUCUCAAUCAAGCCAAGCAGGACAGGUACCUGUUUCUUUUUGACAAAGUUGUAAUUGUCUGUAAACGAAAAGGCUACAGUUACGAGUUGAAGGAAAUUAUCGAGCUGCUCUUCCAUAAAAUGUCAGAUGAUCCCAUGAACAACAAAGACAUCAAGAAGUGGUCCUAUGGAUUCUUUUUAAUUCAUCUACAAGGGAAGCAGGGUUUCCAGUUUUUCUGUAAGACAGACGACAUGAAGCGGAAAUGGAUGGAGCAAUUUGAAAUGGCAAUGUCGAACAUUAAACCUGACAAAGCCACUGCGAAUCAUCACAAUUUUCAGAUGUUUACGUUCGACAAAACCACAAACUGCAGAGCGUGCAAGAUGUUCUUAAGGGGCACAUUUUAUCAGGGAUACUACUGUUCAAAGUGUGGAGUUGGAGUUCACAAGGAGUGCCUUGAGACGAUACACCCAUGCAAAAUUGGGCCUAUGGAAGACCCGGACCCACUCAUCACUCUGUCCGUAUUCUCUCUGCCAGGACCUAAGAUGGUUGCCGUACAGAAUUACCAUGGAAACCCAGCCCCUCCAGGGAAACCCGUCUUAACAUUCCAGACCGGAGAAGUGAUUGAGCUUCUGAGAGGUGACCCAGAUACCCAGUGGUGGGAGGGUCGGUUAUUACUCACAAAGAAAUCCGGCUAUUUCCCAAGCUCCUAUGUGAAGCCUUGUCCAGUAGACAGCAGGCCUGCGAAUCGGACAGAGUACAGCAAAUACCCAUGGUUUGCUGGAAACGUGGAACGACCACAGGCUGAUAACCUCCUCAAAUCCCAUGUCAGUGGCACGUACCUGAUCCGAGAGAGACCAGCAGAGGCCGAGCGUUUUGCCAUCAGCAUCAAAUUUAAUGAUGAAGUUAAGCACAUAAAAGUGGUGGAGAAAGACAACUGGAUCCACAUCACAGAAGCAAAGAAGUUUGAGAGCCUUUUGGAGCUUGUGGAGUAUUACCAGACACAUUCGCUGAAAGAAAGCUUUAAACAACUGGACACAACAUUAAAAUACCCUUUUAAGCAGCGGAGUGGCAGCAGUUCUCGCACAGCGCCACGAUCCCCAGUGUUCACGCCACGUCCUGUAGGAACUGCUGUCGCCAGGUACAAUUUUGCCGCUAGAGAUAUGCGGGAGCUCUCAUUACGGGAAGGAGAUGUGGUCAGAAUCUACAGCCGAAUAGGAGGGGACCAGGGAUGGUGGAAAGGAGAGACGAACGGCAGAAUUGGCUGGUUUCCUUCAACCUACGUGGAAGAAGAAGGAGUCCAGUGAAUUUUCCCAUUCUGGACCAAAACGUCCCAUUUCCUUCCAGAUUAUUUUACAUUUAUUUGCACAAAAGACUACGGGACUAUUCCCCCGACCCCUUGGUGAAAACCUCCAGCAUUCCAGCCCACGAAUCUGUGCAGACCAAUCCUCACCUUCUCAAUCCGACUGUGGACCUGGAAUUGAGUGGUCUUCCUUGCCGGUAUUAAUUGUAUAUAAGAUUUAUAAUUCUGACGUAUGGCAAUCGUAACAAAGAGGAACUCUAUGUGGAAUUGUUGGCGUUGCGUAUUUUGAAAGGAAUUAAAUUCAUUCCAACUCUG